ACACCCGUCGCUGUUUUUGUUGAGGCCUCAAUAAUUUUUGUGUUAGCGUCGCGAACGGCAGGAAAAUGAUGCAAAUGAAGGAGUACAAGGAGGUGCCACAGGAUGCACCGCACGACGACACGGUGGUGCGACAGCCCCAAUCGACUGGUGGCGUACCUGCCAACGGAGCUGAGAACUGGAUGUCCAUACCCGUGGGCAUGCCCAACUGCCCACAGGGCCUCGAAUACUUGACGGCUCUGGAUCAGCUACUGGUGUCUCAGAAGAUCGAGAAACUCGAGCUACUUACCGGCUUCGAAUCGAAGAACCGCUUCAAGGUGAAGAACUCACUGGGACAGAACGUCUACUAUGCCUACGAGGAGAGCGACUGUUGCACCAGAAACCUACUGGGUCGAUCCCGUCCCUUUGAGAUGAAGAUCCUGGACAAUUUCCAGAACGAGGUACUGCAUCUGCGCCGGCCAUACCGAUGCGAAAUACUGUGCUGCUUCCCUAGCUGCAUGAACGCAGUGGAGGUGUCGGCGCCACCGGGCCAGGUGAUCGGAACCGUGGAGCAGGUCUGCACGUUCAUGCGGCCCAAGUUCAAUAUCAAGAACUCGUUCGGCGACAUCGUCCUGCGCAUCGAGGGACCCCUCUGCCCCUGCAAGUGCUUCAGCGAUACCAAUUUCAAGGUAUUGAGCGCCAAUAAUGAGGAGAUUGGCAAAAUAAGCAAACAAUGGUCCGGUCUGGGUCGGGAACUGUUCACCGAUGCGGACUAUUUCAGCGUUUCGUUCCCCUUGAAUCUGGAUGUGCGCAUGAAGGCACUUAUGUUCGCUGCCCUCUUUUUAAUCGAUGUGGUUUAUUACGAACAAUAAGUCCAGUGACCCCAUCUGUUUAUCAAACAAGCACACAGACUAUUAUUGCCGACUGUUGCAUCGUUAUAGCUAUAAGAUUUCUUGGAAACACUACUUAUUUGAUCAACCUUUUCGGGGAACUCGAUAAGGAACCUCCCCAGCAAAGACGAAUCUCUCUAUACUCGAUCAAAACCCUUAAUAUUUGCGCACAAUUUUGAAUUCGUUUCUUGCGAACCUGGGUUGGCAUUUAAAAACGCACAAAAAUGCAACAUACACUUACUGAACACACUACACAUGAUAAGAACGAGUGCCUUAUGACGUCCAAGUUGUUAUUGCCCGCCCACUUUUUCUGUCCCAUUUUUGAUAUAUACCUCAACAUAAUUAGCUUUGUUUCUUGUACCCGAAGAUCGGAGGAGCGCACUGGAUUACUUAACUAGCAACCAUGGUGUACCUAACAAAUAAUUUAUACCAACUAUAUAUUUUUAUGGAUACUUUCUACAAAAACUAAAAAUAAUCGAAUGAAUAUCGAAUUAUUAACGUUACCCCAUAUUAUGUGCCCACAACUGGCAGCAAUCAAGGCAUUUUCCAGGAGUUAUUUUUUGGUUUCCCCAGUUUGAUUGUUUCCAUGUGGCGCCACGCAUUUUUGCAUCACUUAUAUAUGUACUUCAUCAAUUUAUUUAUCUCUCAGUUAUGCUGUAAAAUAAACGAACUAUAUUUUUUACAAAACAA